CCAACCAGCUAUAGCUCUAAAUCUCAAUACAUACCUGACGACUUCCCAAUCUCGUCACCAAAUUCACCAUUUUCAAUUCCACCACCUGCAAUCGGUUAUUCAUCUUCCAAUCUUCAUAUUCUCCGUUAUCAGAUCUAUACAUAUGUAAUUACAUCUUAAUACCUAGGGUUAGGGUUUCCGAUUUUCGUAAUUACAUCCAGUAGCUAGCCUUAGGGUUUCCGAUUUGUUCAUAUUUCAAUUCAAUUCUUCUGUUGUAACUAACAAUCACUAUGUAUGUAAAUUGUCAAUUGUAUACACAUAUUAUACAUGUAUAUGUAUGAUUUCGUAAUCUAGAGAUGAUGAAUAGUAACAGUAAUAGUAAUAGUAAUAAUUCUCGAGGUAGAUCGUUCGAUCAUCGAUCGGCUCGAAACGGAAACCCUAGCUUGAUGAAGAAACCGAGAUUAGUAACCGAAGAGCCUGCGGUUAAUGUUAUUCGCAGUGGCGGAUAUAAUCUGAGUGGAGAGAAUAGGUCUGUGGUUGUUCAGAGGCAGGCGGUAGGGUUUCGGCCUCCGGUGGUAGGGGAUGGAGAUGGUUAUCAGCCGCAGUCGUUGUCGCAAAUUAAGCAGCAGCAGCAUCAGGAGCUUGUGAGUCAGUAUAGGACUGCUUUGGCUGAGCUUACGUUCAAUUCGAAACCGAUUAUUACGAAUUUGACGAUUAUUGCUGGAGAGAAUUUGCAGGCUGCUAAAGCUGUUGCUGCCACUAUCUGCAAUAAUAUUGUUGAGGUUCCGAGUGAUCAAAAGUUACCUUCACUGUAUCUUCUCGACAGUAUCGUGAAAAACAUUGGGCGGGAUUACAUUAAACACUUUUCCACCAAACUCCCCGAGGUUUUCUGCAAGGCGUACAGACAGGUUGAUUCUACAGUACAUUCCGGUAUGCGGCAUCUUUUCGGGACUUGGAAAGGAGUAUUUCCUCCUCAAACGCUUCAAUCGAUAGAGAAAGAACUCGGUUUUCAAUCAGCCGGGAAUGGGUCAACCUCAGGGCUGACCACAUCUAGACCCGACUCACAGCCUCAACGUCCUCCUGCGCGUAGUAUUCAUGUAAAUCCGAAGUAUUUGGAAGCUAGACAGAAACUCCAACAUCCAACAAGGGCAAAAGAUACAGCAGGUGACAUAACUCGAAACUUGAUUAGUAAUUCACCUGAAGAUACUGGCAGACAAGACCGUAUGGCUGUUAAUACCAAUCUUCAGAGAUCGCGUGCUGAUCCACGGCUUAAAUUCAAUGCACAACGAGAGGCGGAGAGCGAUCUAACUCAUGAGAACAGCGGUGCAUCGUAUAAUAAUUUCGAUUUUGGUUCCGAUUUAUCAAGCGAAAGAGUUGCAGAGCAUGGUACGGAGACAAUAUCCAGGCUGGCAAGAAAUUCUUUCGACGUAAAGCAUGGAUUGCACAAUUAUUCGGCCUCGAGAUCCGCAAUUCCCGAUGUGAAACUACAGUCUAUGAAUAAAGGAACCGGUGAAAUCAGUAGAAACUGGAAGAACUCAGACGAAGAGGAGUACAUGUGGGACGAUGUGAGUUCGGUUGCAACGAAGCCCACUUCGUCUAAUAGCUCAAAGAGAGACCCGCGGUUGUAUUUUGACCCGGAAAGACCGGUAACGAAAACCGCAACACCAUCUGGUCAACAACCGCCACGUCAGCGUCCUAGGGUACCGUAUGAUUUAGCUGAUCAAGAUAUAAUAGAAUCAGAUGAUAAAGCACCUCGAUUUCGAGGUCAAAAGAACACAGGGAUUCCUAUUUCUAGUCAAUCUCAUCAGAAUUCUUUCCAAAUAAAACCUCCGAUUUCACAAGCGAGUAACUCUCAAAAAUCGAAGAUUCAAAAUUUACGCCCGCCUUCACCUCAAUUACCGAUAAAGCAUGAUCCGUUCCUGCCGCCUUAUCAACCCGAACCUGUAUCGGAUCCUGUUUCGACAACUAGUACCUCAUUGGGCCCACUGGCCCACCCGACAAAUGCCAGUAGCUUGUUAGCUGCUGUUAGCAGCAUAUUUGGUAACAAACCAAUUUCGUCAACAGUGAGUUCAACUGUCGGUAAUACUGCGUCAACUGCGUCAAAUAACGUGUCAAGUCUUUUAAGUACGUUAGUCGCCAAAGGCUUAAUUUCCGCAUCAGAUGAUAAUUCUAAGAACCAGAGCCCGAGUGAUGAUAAGAUUAAGAUUCCCCCAAUUGUAUCAUCUUCGUUGAUAUCUACGUCGUCUACUAGCAGUGAUCUAUCUCCAUCCGAUCCUGUAUCUAAAACUACCACCAAUGAAGAAAUCAAGUGUCCUAUCGGUUUCGAAUUUAGGGCUGAUGUCAUCAGGGAGUUUCAUCCUGGUGUGAUUAAUGACCUUAUCGACGAUCUUCCGCAUCAAUGCAGCAUAUGUGGUCUAAGAUUUAAACUUCAAGAACGGUUUGAUAAACAUAUGGAAUGGCAUACAUUGAGAAAUUCCGAUGCUGACUCAUCAAGAAAGUGGUUCUUUAACCGUGAGGAUUGGGUUAAUGGGUCGAGUAAUGAGGGCGCGUUGGAGGUUGAUGGUGAGACAAUGGUUAAUGCAGACGAAAGCCAAGUUGUAUGCGUGUUGUGUGGCGAAGUGUUUGAUGAUUUUUACAGUUUAGAAAGGAGUAAAUGGAUGUUUAAAGGAGCUGCGUAUCUCGACAUUACCAAUGGUAAAGUUGGAAAUGCGAAGAAUGGUGUUAUUGUGCAUGUAAAUUGUGUGUCGGAUCAUUCGUUGACUGAUCUGGGCCUGGUCGAUGAUGUCAAAAUGGAAAAAGGUGUAUGCUGAUGAUUUGGUGGGGCCCGUGAGUUAUCUGACAUUUGGGUAACGGGCUCUCGUGAUUACCAAAAACGGGUGUAUGCUGAUGUUUUAGAGUGGUUGAAGCUGAUAGAGAAAAACUGGGUUCAUUUUUCAAUUUGGUCAAACGCCAAUGUGCGAAGGCUGCUGACGAUCCUUGUUUUUGUAUGUUUUAAAAUCUAGUGCUUUUUGGUCGACUCUUAAUUAGAAGAAAAAUGACAUGGCAACGUUUUUGACUUCGCUAUAAUAUUAAUUAUACAACUAUGGAUGUCUUUGGUACCUUGGAA